AGGAAGGGAAGACUGCACACCGUCGACAGGACUACAGGAGUCACCCAAACAUCCACCACUCCAACGGACGGACGGACCACACCAUGUCGCUCCGGCGCCUCCUGGGCCUCUCCACCGCUGCCGUCUCCGGCCGCUACCUCUCCACCGCCGGCGCCGUCUCCGGCCGCCUUCGCCGCUCCCUCUCCACCGGCGCCGCCUCCUCGCACCCGCCACCAUGGGCCAUCAUCGACCACUCGGCCGAGGUUGACCGGUCGUCGUCGGCCCAGACCGCGUGCUUCCGCCCCGUGGGCCCUCCGGGCGUCUCCAGCAUCUCCGCCCCGGCGCACCUCAUCGACCCCACCGCACGCCCCACCGCGGACGGCGGCAGGGUCCAAUACCUCGGCGGCAACGUCGUCCAGGUCCUCUUCGGCCACGUCGGCGCCGCCAGCGGCGACGGCCACCUCCUGCUCAGCUACCACGACCUCCGGGCGGAGGGCCCCUGCACCAACUGGGACCUCACCGGGAACCCCGAGAUCCAGCGCUUCGUCUGCAACCCCCUCACCGGCGAGAUGCUCCGCCUUCCCGACAUCGGCGGCUGCCGGAAGAUCCUCGUCGUCCACCACAUGGGCCUCCUCACCCAGGCCGACGGAGGGCCCGGGUGCGGGCCGCCCGACAGGUUCGCCGUCGCCGACUUCGUCUAUAACGGGGCCCUUGAGCGGUUCCUCUCCGAUGAAGGCAAGUGGAAGACGGUGAUGAUGGGCUCGCCCGGCGGACCGCUGCUCCCGCGCGAGAUGGAGAUGAACCAGGAGACGGUUGCCUUCGGCGGCCGCCUGUGGUGGGUCGACCUCACCCUGGGCGCCGUCUCCGUCGACCCCUUUGCCGACCGGCCGGAGAUCCGGUUCGUCGAGCUGCCCAGCGGCAGCGUGCUGCCUGCGCCUGCAUGUGCUCACGAAACAGAUCUCAGCAAGGUCGAGGAACGGGCUCUGUCCAUGAUGGAGUUGGCCAAGCGCCGGCGCAUCGGCGUGAGCGAGGGGAGGCUGCGCUAUGCCGAGGUGACUCCGGGCGGGCCGUUUCUGCUCAGCUCAUAUGCGCUCGACGACGGCGAGGGCAGCGGCUGGAAGCUGGAGCACCAGGUGUCGCUGAGGAAGGUCUUGGCGGACGGAGGCUACCCGUGGCAGGAGAACUCGGCGCAGUCGUCGCCGCAGAUCGCCGUCCUUGACCCUCUCGACGCCAGUGUCAUUUACAUCAAGGUCGGUGAGCACGUCCUCGUCGUGGUGGACAUGCACAAUGGGAAGGUGAUCGGGGCCUCUCGGCUUGAAGACGAGUACUUUUCUGUCAUACCAUGCGUGCUUCCAGCGUGGCUUGGAUCAAGCCGGAUCCCCACGGCAGCGGCAGGCAAGAUGGAUGUCUUGGAAUCGACAGAUGAUCUGUUUAGUUUCGUCUAGAAGUGCUGACUGGGUUCCUGGAACUAAUGGAUGCAGGGGUUGCGCUAUAUUAGGAAGCAGGCAGUAGUUUGAACUCUCAUUUUAGAGAGAAAAUCUGGAUGAGUUUGGAUUUAUUCUAGUUGAUUAUCUAUGAACUAUCUGGUUUAGAUGGAAAUCUGGCUGUGGUUUCAGCGCUCAGAUUAGGAGAUUCAGUAGAACUAAAUUAGUAGUACUAGGAAGGAAGCUGGCGGCAGUUUGUUAAAGUCUCAUUUUGGAGGAAGUCUGGAGAAGUUUGGGUUCGUUGUACUAGUUCGUUGAUGAAUUACUAUCUCGUUUAUUAGAAGGAAAAUAUGGCAGUUGUUUCAGCGGUCACAUUAGGAAUGGAAAUUCCAGAAGACAUGAUUAAAUCA